GCGCGGGCCAAGAUGGCGGCCGGGAGCGCGUCUCGCUGGGUCGGGGUGGCUGCGGGGCGCGGGGCGGGGAACGCGCGGCCGCCGCUGCUGCUGCUGCUCCGCGGGCUCCGCACCCCGYCKGCCCGCGCCCCGCGCCGCCUCCUGCUGCUCCGUGCCGGGCUCUGCGCUGCGGGGACGAAACACGCUGCCGCUGCCGCCGCCGCCGCCUUUCACAGCAGCGCGGCCCGCGCUAAGGAGGACUAUUACCAAGUGCUGGGGGUGCCCCGCAACGCCACGCAGAAGGAGAUCAAGAAGGCCUAUUACCAGCUGGCAAAGAAAUACCACCCUGACACAAACAAAGACGACCCCAAAGCGAAGGAGAAGUUCUCUCAGCUGGCAGAAGCCUAUGAGGUGCUGAGUGACGAGGUGAAGAGGAAGCAGUACGAUGCCUAUGGCACGGCGAGCUUCGAGGCCGGCGCGGCCGGGGCCGGGGCUGGCGCAGGGCGGCAGUACUGGAGCAGCGGCCCCUCCAUCGAUCCCGAGGAGCUCUUCAGGAAGAUCUUCGGGGAGUUCUCAGGAUCCCCUUUUGGAGAUUUUCAGAGUGUCUUUGACCAGCCACAGGAGUACAUCAUGGAACUGACGUUCACCCAAGCUGCAAAAGGUGUUAACAAGGAGAUUGUGGUGAACAUCCAGGACUCCUGUGAGCGCUGCAAUGGCAAAGGACAUGAACCUGGCACCAAAGCUCAGCGYUGUCACUACUGCAAUGGCACGGGCAUGGAGACGAUCAACACAGGCCCCUUCGUGAUGCGCUCCACGUGCCGGCGCUGCGGCGGCCGCGGCUCCAUCAUCACCACGCCCUGUGUCGUGUGCCGGGGCACGGGGCAGACAAAGCAGAAGAAGACAGUGAUGGUUCCUGUGCCAGCUGGUGUUGAGGACGGGCAGACAGUUCGAAUGCCUGUGGGGAAGAAAGAAAUUUUCAUUACGUUCAGGGUUCAGAAGAGCUCUGUGUUCCGACGAAAUGGAGCUGAUAUCCACUCGGAUCUUCCAAUCUCAAUAGCUCAGGCUGUGCUGGGAGGCACAGCCCGGUGUCAAGGCUUGUACGAGACAAUCAAUAUCACAAUACCCCCUGGUGUUCAGCCAGACCAGAGGAUUCGAAUGAGUGGGAAAGGCAUUCCCAAGGUCAACAGUUACGGCUAUGGAGACCACUACAUCCACAUAAAGAUAAAAGUUCCUCAGAGGCUGACGGAUCGCCAGCGAGCCUUAAUGAUGAGCUACGCCGAGGACGAGGCCGACGUGGACGGCACCGUGAACGGGGUCACCAACACAGCGUCAGGAAAGCGUUCUACUGGGAACUAGGAGCCAGCAGCAGCAGGUCAUCCGUGCAGUUGGGGGUGAACCUUUCUGGCAGCAGGCUCUGCAGAACACAGGAUGUCAGUCAGCAGCACAGCAAGAAUCCCAGCUGGAGAUGCCACAGACCACUAAGGCACCAACRCUCAUCAUGAUACAAACCCCACCCACUGUCCUAGGAACUGGCAAAGAAGGAAAGAGCCAGCUUUGCAUAAAAGUGUCGCUCUCUGGAGGCUGCUCCACAAUCCUACUGCUGCUGGAAGCUUAUUUGGUAAAAGUUAAAAGUAUUAUUUAGCAUCCAAACCAGAGGAAGUGUGCAAUAAACAUUGCAGCACAGAGCAGCAGUUUGCUGUAUGGAGCCCAAGCCCACCAGCUGCUCACUCAGGUGCCCUUUGGAAUGCCAGGUGUGCUUGGUGAACUCUCCAGGAGACUGGGUGGGUCAGGGAGGUCUAACGUUGUCUUCACCACAGCCCUGCUGCCSUGCACAGCUCCAAGUGGAAUCUCCCUGUGGCUGGGUGUUGUCUGAGCCCAGCUGGCCUGGCUCCCUCGCAGCCCUGGGCUUUAUCCUGCUGAUAGCCUGCACAGAGCAGUGAUGGAAUCUGUACUUUGCCUCAGGUUUAUCCCCCAAAUAACUAAAGUUAGCACACAACUGCUGUCGCUUCUGAACUGGUACAAGCCRAUCACUGAGCCCUUUGCCAAUUGGGGACAAAAAUCUUUUAUUACCUUAGUGCAACACCCGUAGCRUAAAGGAUUGGUCAAAGCAUCGUUGUUUUACAUGUGUGAGAGUGCAAGUGAGGUGGAUCACUCCUUCCAGAUGCAGCUGAGCUCUUGCAGUGAGUAUUCCAUGGUUACUGUAGCCUGCUGUGUUUGUGAUACCGCGCAGGUACCAUCAGCCCACRUACUAAUCAGUUAAACACCAGUUAAACAGGGACAUGCUGUAGUCUUGCCCUUCUUAAUUUGCUGAAAUAAAGCACGCGUUGCCUCCUGAUWAAACAUCUAUAAAGUGAUUCUGUACCCCUGUAAAUAAGAUGGACUUCAUAAAGAUAUUUAACAUGU